AUGGCAAGCGAAGCUCCUUCGCAGGUUGAGAUAACUGAUUGGUGUAAGAAGGAAGAUAUCCGCCCGAGCCAUGCCCUCCUCCUGAAAGCAGAUGGCAUUCUCACUGACACAACCGAAGACAUCCUGAUCGCUCUCGCUAAAACCGUACAGCACAUCAUGAGUGUCUCGCGGAGGGAGAGAGAUGUUGCUACCCAGCUGCUCUGUGAGUUUGAGAAAGAGGCAUCGGAUGUCGUACUGCCCUCCUCAGGCGAGGUUUCACUGAAGCUUGGUGGCCGACAUGUCCCGCUAAAAAUUAACCGGUUGGGAGUGGUAGUCAAGAAUCGGGUGAGGAUUCAGGAUCUUGUCGAGAAAGGCUUGAUGCUGACAACUCAAGAGAAGAAGAAUGCGAACCAGUUGGGGGAGGCGUUGGCACGUUGCACACUCAACAGCAGCAGAAAACUAAGGCCAUUCUCUGGAAGCAAAACACCAGCCAAAGAUGAAGAUGUCUUUGACACCUGGAUUGAGCUGGCGAAGGGUCAACUGGAUGAGGAGGAGAAUGAUCAAGAAAAGAGGAAGCGAAUUAGGGAAGCUCUUCGCCCUCCAGCGGCGAACAUAAUUUCUGAUCUUAGACGAGACCAACAAGCUGCAACUUCUGAAGAUUACUUGGGUGCUCUUGAGUUGGCUUUUGGAGGUACAGAAUCUGCAACCGAGUUGCAUGUAUUAUUUCAUUCAUCCCAUCAGAAGCAAGGGGAGACACCGUCAGAGUACUUGACUCGUCUUCAGGAUAUUCUUCGCAGAUUGAUCAGGAAGGGUGGAGUGGAGAAAGAGAAGAAAGAUGGCUUGCUGCUCUCUCAGUUCAUCAAGGGUAUUCUUUAUGAUGAGAUGCUUUUGGUUAACUUGCAGUUGAAGGAAAAAGUGUCACAACCCCCCACCUACCUUCAACUCCUCCGAAUGGUGAGACGUGAGGAGGCUGAGCAGAUGGUAAAAAUGUCUCAUCGUAGUGUCGAUGCUCCUAAAAAGGAGGCCAAAACAUUCCAUCAAUCUGCAGGUAGCAAGGAAGUUGGGGAGAAAAGGAAGACUCCUACAAACAGCCGACCCAACUUUUGUUACAAGUGUGGCUUAGAAGGGCAUUAUAAAGGGAAAUGCCCCAAUGAGCCUGAUGUUGAGAAGGUUAACAGUGCAUUGAUCAAGUUCAUCCAUCAGGGAAACGGGACAGGGCAUCUGAGGGGGGCCGCCCAGAAGCCCAAAGAACAAGGCCCAAUUCCAGUUGUACAAUUGGCACAGAUAUUCCUGCUUGUUUAA